AUGACAGAACAAGAAGAGAUUGAAAACUAUGAUAACUUUUCGGUCCCCUCGUUUGGAACUACUGAAAGGGAACAGCAAAAGUUUGGGGAAGAGCAACGGAACAUAUGCUACAACCGAUUCCCUCGCUUUCUCUUCAUCCUCAUUGUAUAUUUCAUCAUGCUAGUAGGAUGGGCCAUCAACUGUUAUUGGCAGCGAACGGGAACCUUCGUUUGCGAUACCAUCUUUGUCCAAUUCAAUGACAUUUAUCAUCCAGGAUUGGCAACCUUUAGUGGCCUAUACGAUUCAAGAUGCGGCGAAGGCGACGACACUUUCUGUGAGCGAGCGACGUAUGUGGAGAGUGGACAUGGCAGUCGGUUCUUCUUUUGCGAGGACAUUUCGGCUUGGGUCUUUGCAUUCGAUGAGGACGGACAAUUCAAUUGCGCUAAUUGGAUCACAGGUUCCCCAGAAACGGAUGUGUUGGCAGAGACCUCGUACAAUAUCAUGGAGUCGGUGAAAGGCAGCGAAACUUGGAGCAUCAAGGUGGGGGACCGAAGACAACUACCAGUACCCCAUUUCACUUUGGAAUGUUACGAUUGCAAGUACGACGAGAACUUUUGCGGUGGCGGAGCUCGAGGGAAAUGUGUGAACAACCGGUGCGCCUGCGAAGGUGGCUGGUAUGGCUACCGAUGCGACUACUUCAUGCCGUGCGAAAAGCUUGAGGUGGAUCCAUUGCACAAUGUCGGAGGAUCACGCACUUGGGCAGGUACAUACCAAAUGAUAGUGGCACCAACUGAGAGUGAUGGGGAGGACGACGAAGAGAGCACAACACUGCAAUCAAUGAUGGCAAAUUCGAUAUUAUCUUUGGGUCGGACUUUCUUGCCAAUCGUGAUAUUUACGAGUUCUGACUACAUUUCUCCUUCCUGCCAAGGAGUCAAAGUUUGCAUUAGCUCGUCGUCGUCUUGGUACGACGUGGUGGCGGACAUUUUCCCUCCCGAAAGUGUUGUAGGAACCGAAGGUAUUACCGGAUCGGUGCCCGCUCUUGGAGAAGGUCUUUGCAAUGUCUUUGGCGCCACACGAUUUGAAGUCGUCCAAGAAAAUGUGGAGCGUCUUGGAUACAACUCAAGUUUUCUUGGUUACGCUUUGGGAAGUCGAAUGCAUUCCAAGAGUUUUGAAACUUGGAUGACGCGAUCUUCUGAUCGCCAGUGGACCAAAAUGACGUCGUGGAUCUUUGAAGCUUUGGUAGAGGCAGAAGAAUCAGGAAUCACCCCAGCCCAGCGCAGGAUUGAUGAAAUCAACAAGCGUCUUCAACGACAAUAA